AUGCAUCCCCGGAAAAUUGACGUCGAACCAAUCACAAAUACCGGUGGGAACUUGUCCCAUAGUGCUCUCCCAAGCUACGUAGAAACUUUGAAGCGGAAGCGUGACAGCCUACAGACUCAACUCCGUCGACAACGGCCACGUUAUGAGCCGAAUACGGAGGAAUCAAAUAUCCCGCAAGUUCAACUCUUGAGAGGUGAGGGGGACGAAAGGGAGCAGGAAACAACGGAGCAUACCGUUGAGGCUGCCAUGGGCGAAAUUGGCUUCUUGUCGCGUAGCGCCAUGGCGGAACCGCGUGAUGGCCGUGGUGAAGCUCCCCAAGAACUCGCCAUGGGGCGAAUGGUGCGCGCGGCACUCGCUAUCACCGGGGCCAAUCCAUCUGAGUCACGGAUAGAUGCUCUGCAACAAGCAGUCGGGGGCAUGACCGAUCAGCCCUUUUCACUCAAGAAACAUCUGGCGUUACCAUUUGUUUCUCGCUUUGUCCAGACCGUAGGGGCCCGGUUCCUCCACAUCGAUUCCGCAACUAUCUGGGCAGACUUCGAAGCAUUUUUCGAAGAACCUGGGCUAUUGGAUAGCCAAGAACUUUUAUCGGAUCCGGCUCGGUCAUUUAAUGUUUACCUAUCAAUAGCCACGGGGAUGCUGCUUUCUCCGCAAUCGGCCAGCCUUCAAGGACUCUCUAGUAGCAUUCAUGCCACUGCAGUGAAACUUUUAGGCACAAUCCUACAAUCGGAAAGCACCGAGAAAAUUCUCAGUUGCAUGAUAUCGAUGGUUUUCUAUUCUGUUUACGGCUCACUUGGAGGGUCGACUUGGCAUCUGAUUGGGUUAGCAAUGAAAAGAGCAAUUGCUGCAAGAUUCCACCGAGACCCACAUAGUGGUAUUGUUGUUUCUUCAGAAGCAUUAACCAAAAGACGAAACAUAUUCUGGAGCUUGUAUACUCUUGAUCGAGACAUGAGCGCUAUAAUGGACCGUCCGUUCAGCAUCGAGGAUGAAGAUAUCACGGUCGUGCCUCCAGACGAGUACCUCGCCAACACAUCAGAUGAAAACAGUCUCGCCCUUCACACUGUGACACAUGCUAGGCUGAUAUCUUGUAUAAGGAAUAGUCGUUCCGAAACUUUGAGUUUCCAUUACAACAACCUCGCCUACUGGAAGGAUCUUGCACGGGAUCAAGACACAAGCCCGCUAACAAUACAUAUAAUGCAAUUACAGUGCAGAGCUAUAGUUGAAAUUCUGAAGGCGAGGGGCUCUGUCUCUAUCAGUCCAAGCCUGGUUUGCAGUUCUGUGGUAAUGCAGAAUGACUUCGUAAGAAGUUGUGCCGAAUACAUACAAGAAGCAUACCGGCAAUCCGACCUUGAUAAUUUUAUUGGAGGCACCGUGGAUGCCUAUGACAUAUUCGCGGCUGGCAUUGUCAUAUUAUGUCUGCGCGACAAGUGCACGGAAAUUUACCAAGAUCAGCAAAUUUUCAACCAAUGCACCACUCUCCUAACCUUACUGGGUGAGCGCUUUCCUGGGUUGAAGGGGUUUCGGCGUGCACUAUGGAAUCUAUCCAAUGCGGUAGUGCCCAGCAAUUCGAUACGUGAAUCUUUGAUCGCCGAACUACCUCCGAUAAUUCCUGCUGGUAUCCGGGCGCUCAUCUUUACUGUCUUGUCUGGAGAUGGUAUGGGUUCCACUUGA